AAACAAGCUCAUUCUCAGUAUUUUCAUAUUUGAUCAAGUUUUUAAGGAUAUAUUCAAUCUAAAUAAACAAAUAUACAUCGUAUAUAAUCAUGUACCACAUCUCUACUGAGUAAUCCCACAUUUUAUCCUUCAUCAGCAAAAUUUAAGUCACAACAUCCUUUACAUUCAUUCUUUGUCUCUGACAAAAAAAAAAACAAGAAACUCAAAACCAAUCAAAUCCAACCAACCUACAAUCAAAUUUGAAUAUAAAAGCCAUUUUUCAUGCACAGAAUACUUUUCUCCAUACAUUUCCAAAUUGUGUUGAUUUGUUCUUUUCAUGACUAUUAUCUAUGUUUAAAUAGUAACACAUUUCUGUCUUUCACUACACUAAUGUAAAGGGGGCUGUGGACUUCAUAUGUUUAAGUUUCAGAUAGGAAGUAAACUUGAUGUGUGCAGCUGUUGACGAGAGACUAUCAGGGGCAGGUUAGGAAAAGCCAAAAACAAGGAAAAAUCCCUUCGUUUAAAGUACAUUUUGAGGGAUGAUAUAAAAACAGACAACACAGUUUCAGGUCUGAUUUCCUUACCUGAAUGUGCACCUUAGUGAACCAGGUAUUUCUGUGUAUGGAUGAUGGACAUAUAAUUAGUCUCUCAGUGUAAAUUGUGACCCCUUUAUAGCCCCUGAUUUAGAAAACUGCUAGAUCUGUCUCUGGAUAUUGUACAUUCUUAAUUUUUCCAUAGGCUCCCAUGUGUUUAUUAUUGUGGGCAGUGCAGCUGGACUAUGUCUCAGCGUAGGAACAAUAAAACAUUUUUAUAAAGCAGUGUUAGUUGGAUUAGAGCAGUGUGUUGGAUGCAGAUGUUCAGUUCAGAGGAUGUCAGAGUGAAAACAGCUGCUUCUGGAGGGGAAGGAGGAAAACCCGCUGUGCGCAUGCGCAGACUGCGCUCCUCCGUCUUAUUAAUUUUUAAUGGAAAAUGGCUGCGUUUCUUAUCCAAACCUCUGGAGCUGGGAAAUAAAAAGCCCUUCGUCUUUGUGCACCGUCCCUUCUCUUCUUCUUCACCUUCUUCACACUGAGACCAGCCGGUUCCUUCACGUUGUGUGACCGACGUCCUGCGGAGAGAGGAGGAAGAUUUCUGAGGGAAAAUGGAUCCGCUCACGCUUUGAGGGAUGAAAGAUCAUUUUUCUCUUUAACCCUUUCUGCUCCCGGAUCUGCGAACAACCGAGCAGACGAUGAUGCGCCAGGUGACCAGCAGCGACUUCUGCAUGACCAGCCGGCCCUCGUGCCUCGCAGAGGACGGCCACCACCCCGCCUCCCACUUCGACCUGUGCGCCUCCCAGUCCAACAAGUUCUACCCUCCUCCCCCGUCGUCGUCCCUUCAGAUGACCCUGACGCCCAUGGUCUUACCCGCCCAGAGCCACAAGCCCAUGGUGUGCCAGAGACAGGAAGUGCUCGGGGGUAAGAUACCAGGCAUUAAAAGCACUGAUCAAACGCCAGAUGACACCAAGAAGAAGAGCAAGGCUGCGGGGAAGACGGGCAGGCGCGGGAGGCCUUUGGGAACCACCAAGCUGGCCGGGUACAGAACCAGCACGGGUCGACCACUCGGCACCACCAGAGCUGCUGGUUUCAAGACGAGCCCCGGGAGACCACUGGGUACUACCAGAGCGGCGGGGUACAAGGUCAGCCCCGGUCGGCCCCCUGGCAGCAUCAAGGGCUUCUCUCGCCUCAACAAACUGGCUUAUGGUAGCACCUGCAGCGGAGCGGCUUUCCCCUAUCCACUGCCACACAAAGAAAUUCUCUGUGAACCUUCCUGCAAAGAGAAGACGGCAAACGAGUGAAGGCUCUGUUUCUGCUCCCCCCCCUCCAUCAGUGGAAUAAGAGAUGCAUGUGUACAGGUUGACAGAUGUUGGUGGGUGUGACUGUAAUCUUUUCCAGUCUGCUGUGACUGAGACGAGAUGAUUUUCUAUGAUUCGUGCUGGUGUCAUCUGUGUGCCUGCCACUUGAUAUGUCACUGUUACUUUUACAGUGCUACUGCUGGAGCUCUAUAAGCUGUGGAAGGUUUAACUACUCGACACUGUUUCUGUCAUCAUGGGGGAAAAGUGACUCCAGAUGUUCAUUGAGCAAGGUGCUUUUAUCUUAGUAACGACUGUAGUGGUUAUUCACUAGUUUAAUUUACAUUUUAACAUCAACAGAUUGUUGAAGCAUCCAUUUUAAAAUGUUUAUUACAAGUGUGUGAACUUUCCUGGGAUGUUUACAGCACAAAACAAGGACUAAUUGACUUUCUGUUAUAGUCAUACUACAGUUUAAAUAUCAUAUCAGCUUAUGAUGGACAGUCCAACAAACAAUAGGAAAGAAUUAAGGAGAGGGACGAGUAUGUUGUUUUUACAGAUGGAAGGUUUGAUGGAAAUCUGGUCUUUUGUGUCACAUUUGUAAAAUCAAAUCAAAUAUUUAAUCUAUGUCAGUUAAAUCUUACAGAGGAACAGUUUGGGGUGAAGUGUGUUGCUCAAUGGCACUGCAAUAGAUAAUCAGGCACCUAAAACUGAAAUAGCUAAUACAACCUUUUCCACUCAACCAAACAAAUACUCCUGCUAAUAAACUCACUCAUCACUGUUCACUCUCUAAAGGUCAAGCCACUAAACGUUACUUGCAUGCAAAUGUUUUUAAAGCAGCUGAAAGUCACAGAUCAUUUGAUCCAACGUUUUCACUCAGAAGUAUCAAACUAAAAAUGCAGAGACUCACUUUACCUCCUGCUUUUAAAUCCAACCUGCUACAGAGUGGACACUGUGCCCUGCGGUGGCCUCAUCGGCUCAUUAGUCCCCCUGGAAAAGUUUUGGUGUAAUUGUGAAUGAACAGUGUUGAUAUUUUCUGCUUGUCACUUCACAAUAGUAAAAAAUAUGUAGUAUUUCAUCUUUGGUGACCAGACAGUUCGAAGCUCAGACUCACUGGUGGACUCACAGUCGAAAUGAGAAUUUGUCAGUGGACUCUCGGUUGAACUGUUCUAUCUCGAGUGCCCUUGUCUCCUUACCAAGGGCUGGGUGCUGCUACACAAACCAAAAUUACACAUUUUUAUAACAAAACUCCAUUUUUCUUACCGGGACUUUUUCAAAAGCAUCUGUGUCGGGUUUUUGUUUCAUCUCAAAGUAGCAAAACAAAUACUUUGCUCAAUUCAAUACACCAAAAAAUAUCAUGUCAUAUGUUCUCAGUGAGAAAGUAAUCAAGACUAAAAGUCUAAACCUAUAUUCAGUCUCAACUGUCAAAACCUGAUGAUUUUUGUUGCUACAGAAACAUUUUGUUUGGUUUUUACUGUUGAAAUUGUAUGUUUAGCCUUAUUUUUGUCCUAAAAUGACAAAAUAACAUUUCAAAAACAUUUAUUUUGUGGUUGUCAUCAAAUCUGACUAAAUUGUGUGUUCUUUGUCUUGUAAAGUCUGAACUUACACAACAAAAACCAAUAUAAUCAGGUCAGCUUUGCCCUUUUGUGUCUUUUAAUGCAGACUGCUUUACAUUUACUGGAUGCUUUGCAAAGUCGUCUUGUCGGGAAAGUCGUCACCCAAAGAUUUAAACCUAGUGUGCUACAUCAAAACCAUCAGUUGCAUCAUUUACUCUAAACAAGGAUUAAAAAACUUAAUUAAGCAGCAACAUUAAAAUACAAAUAAAGAUUUUAAUUACCGUGAACAAAUGACACCAUCGCUAUGAAAGCUCUCUGACAUUACUGGUUUAUAUUCUGUGCUUUAACAAGUUGAGCUGCCAGUUUAAAUUCCCUGGGAUAUCUGCAUACAGGGGGCGCUGUUCCUCCAGAACGAGCCCAAACUCAUAAUUAUCCAAAAUGAAAAGGAAAACAAUAAUCAAAGGUUUAAGAAUUUGGCAAGUGUGUGUUGACGUUUUUGUGUCUACAUUACUUUUUUGCUUUAAC